GAUGAACCAGAAGGAUCCUUGCUUCACACAAACUGCGGAGACUCUGGUGUGAGGGUUAACCCUCUUGUCGUCACCGUGGUUCAUAAAGUUUAUUAGUAUUUUGUCAAACACGUUCUCUGGAUUAUAGUCUUUUAUUUUGUCUUCUAUUUUGAUGGACUCUGGGCUCUGAACCAAGCUGCGCCAAAUAACUUUUCUUCCCCCACGAGUGUCAUCUUUGCGUUUCUGACAUGCCCCUCGGACGCUUUGUUGCUGUGUUCAUUUUCUACUUCACAGGAAUGAAGAGCUGGGGAUGCAGCUCCUCCACAACAUCUCCCAACAUGCAGUUGGCCAGCUGCCUUCUUCUUCAGGUGCUCCUCUGGUUGCUGACCAGGCAGUUUAAUUACAGCUGGGCUCCCAUCACUGCCAGUUAAUUACUGAGGAUUCCCCCCCUCUGGGCCAAGAUAAUCACGUGACCUGAGAUCCACCCCGAAGCUCACACAAGCUCAGAUGAUGAAUGAAUGCAGAGACUGAAAGGAUGCAGCUGGCUCCGGCACCACAGUCUAUGACACUUUCACUGACUUUGCAGAGGAAGACAACACUCCUCAACUAGACUACAAAAACCCCUACUGGUGUCAUUCUCCGAGUCUGACCAAUGGGGAGGUGAUCUGCCACUCCCCUCGAGGCGGGGCCUAUCGGAGCACGCUGGGCACCCGCUGUGAGAUGAGCUGCGAUCGAGGAUACCGACUGCUGGGGAAAAGGUCAAUUCAGUGCCUCGCCAACCGACGCUGGUCUGGGACGGCAUACUGCCGCAUGGUGCGUUGCCACGUGCUGCCCCUCAUUCCACACGGCAGAUACACCUGCACUCAGGGCUUUGUGGUGGACUCCAGGUGUGACUUCACCUGCGACCCCGGCUAUCGCAUCGAGGGGGAACACUCACGCACCUGUCAGCGCGGGGGCUCAUGGAGCGGAGCACAGCCAGAUUGUGCAGACACAGAUCCUCCAAAAAUCAAGUGUCCUCCGUCCAGACUCAAGGUCGCCGAGCCUGGAAAACUCACUGCUAUGGUGACUUGGGACCCCCCAGCUGCGAAAGAUACUGCAGAUAAAUCACUUGAGGUUAUAUUAGUAGGCCAGGAGCCAGGCACCGACUUUAAGGAGGGAGCAAACAUUAUCCGUUACAAAGUGUACGAUCAAGCCAGGAACAGAGCUGCCUGCAAGUUUAUUGUACGUGUUGAGGUGAGAAGAUGUCCCACUCUACCUCCACCUCUACACGGCUACCUCACCUGCUCUUCUGAUGGGAAUAACUAUGGUGCAACAUGUGAAUACCACUGUGACGGAGGAUAUGAACGGAGGGGUGUAUCUAGUCGCAUCUGCCUGUUCAACCGCAGCUGGGGAGAAGCACCAGCUGAGUGUGUUCCGAUGGAGAUUAAAUCAGAUGUAAAUACGGCCUCCGCUCUCCUGGAUCAGUUCUAUGAAAAGAGGAGGUUGCUGAUCAUGUCUACGCCCAACAUAUCUGACCCAGACUACCAACUGCAGAACAUCAUGAUACAAAAAGCCGACUGUGGAUUAGACCUGCGACAUGUCACGUUGAUCGAGCUCCUGGGCUCCCCGCCUCGUGAGACGGGUCGCAUUAAAGACAGUCUGCUCAGCUCUGAAGUCAUUGAGGGUUUGAGACAAGCAUUCAGAAUCUCCAGAUCCUACUUCAGCAUGGUGCUGCUGGACGAUCUCGGGCUGGACCGAGAGCGCUUCAUCACCCCAAUGGCGUCGGAUGAGCUCUUCUCCUACAUCGACAGCUUCCUGCUGGAUGAAGAGGAACGAGAGAAACUGGAGAGCCACAGAGACUUCUGUGACUAAUUUAAUAAACAUCUCUGGUUUCCACAGUGAUAAACCCAUCAGUAUUACUUAACACAAAAUGAGGAAGGACAAACAACCAGAAACCAGGUCCAGAGGGACACUCGGAGGGAAAAAGAGGACAAGAAGGCAGUUCCUCAUGUCCAAAUGCAAUCACUAUACAACACUGAAGUGCUAGCACUGUUUAUUCUGUCAAAUCAUCAUCUGAAAGGUAUGGAGGUCAGAAAAUGGACAUCACAGCUACAGAAAAUAGAACAAGCUUAAGUAAAACACAGAAAUUACAUUUUACAAACAACAUUUUAACACAUAGAUGCAUAAAAUUAGCCUGGAUGCAUGAUGUGGAUUAGUAGUUUUUGUCAAUGAGCCCGUUAGUAAAUCUGAUAUUUAAAUUAGAAUUAAAAUCAAAAACCACUUCAAAAAAGACUACUGAGGAACACUAGAGUGGACAGAUGUUUUAAUCCAGCUGGUAUCUGAGUGUAAUUCAGAGCUAAGGCAAUCAAGCACGUCUUGGGUUUACUACAUUUUUAUUAGGUGAACAGAACAUUCAAGACAACCUUGAGGUGAACAUGACUCUGAUGACAAAAAGUUAAAAAUCUACAUUUAUAUCUGCAAAUAGACAUUUAAUAAUUUCAAAUAAGGCUUUUUGUGCAAUUUAUAUAAAUAUAUUUUAUGUGAUAGUAUUAAUGUUAAAUAAAAUGGUAUCAAUUAAGCAAAGCGCAAUUUGUUGGAUGCAACACAAGAUAAUACCAGUCUAUAAUGAAUUGUUUUCCCAUGUAUCAGUAAAUUCUGUACACAAUAAUAAAGAAAAUGGUGACACACAA